AUGACGAUGCAGUUGUUUAGUUUUGGCCACCCGUGUGAGCACCAGCUGCGGCGGACGUGCAUUGGUGGCACCAGCUGCCCCCUCAACGGCUACCCAGACAACUGGUGCUGCAGCUUCAUUAAGGGAAAGAUCAACUUCAAGCGGGACAAACCUUGUGAGGGGCCGCGCUGUCGUUGGGGCUUCACACAUCCGUCGCAGUCGCAGUUCGAUGCAGUUACGCAUGUUCUCAACGAGAGCCGCCCCAUCGCGGCGAGGAUUGACGAUGCGGACGACAAGGAACUCCUCGCCUUCAACAUAGAGAACUCCCACAUUGUAGACACCGUGCAGUGCGCUCUGCACAUGAUGCGGCACCCGCCCAGCAGCUGCACAACACGGGUGGGACAGCUCCUGGCCUACGCCGCGCUGAGGGCGGGGGACGCAAAGGUCUUCAUGCAGCUGCUUAAGACAAUGAAGAAACCGGUUGACGGUUACCUGCUUGGUGCCUACGACUACCUGACAAAUGGCAACUUGCCCGUCGCCAUUACCACCACCAGCAACACCAACACCGCCCCGGCGCAGGGGAAGUCCUUCGGGAAGAGGAACAAUAGUGAGAAGAAAGAGGAUGCCUCGGAGGAGCUGAAGAACGACAUGGUAGACCUCAUGAAUGCCGCACUCAGCUCUGGCGGUCAGCUCGUCAACCGCGAGGACCAGCAUACGCUUCAGGCGGUGUUCAUUCAGGCCCUCCGCAGUUACCCGAAAAGCAACAAGAAGCGACAGGAGAUGCUAGAGUUGGCCAUCGCCAAAUUCGGCAGCCGGCCCGUACCAAAGAAUGUCACAGCUGUGGCUGCUGCUACUGCUGCUGCAGCCGCAGGGCAGGCGGCUGCGAAUAACAACAACAGCAACAAUAAUAAUAUCAGUAACAACAAUGGCAACACACCUAGGCACGGUAGCACAGCCGCCGUCGCGACGGCUACAGCUACAACGCCUGGGAAAACUGUGGUUGCUGCUGCUACGUCUGGUGGGAACGUUGUAGUUGUCGGGGGGCAACCGCCGAGGCCAAUAGAGGCAUCAACAGAGGAGGAGGGCACCUCUCACAACCACACGAAUAAUUACCACAAUAAUAACACCAAUAGCAAUACCAGCACCGUUUCUACACGUCGCCCACAGGCCCUUGGGGGCGCCGCAACACCGUUGGCGACAAACACACGCAACAAAGACUCCACUGGAGGGUCGUCAGCAAAACAACAACAACAGCAGCAGCAGCAGCAGCAACAACCGGUCAUUGGUAUCAGUCGUCUAGCACUUCAGGCGAAGAAGGCACCAGCACGUCAUUAUGACCCUAUCCGCACGGAUUUGCCGUUGCCGAACAUCGCCCUCUUCGGUGGUCUCUUCGGGCUCACACCACAGGCCGCCUCGUGGGCGCUGUUGGGGCGUGCCACCUGCCAGAAGCCUACCCCGUCCGCGUCCAACACGCCAGUGGCUACUGCUGCUGCAGUUGCAGCUGCUGUUUCUUCCACUGCUGCUUCUGCUGCUGCUUCUCCUCCCCCUCCUCCUGGUGGACUGCCGGUAGAUUUAGCAGGGGAGGCGGACGACAAGAUGUUCCGCUUCUUGGCAUCGCCCACCCCUGGAUAUAGCAUCUUCGGCGGCAUCGACGUGCUGCCUUCCGACCAACAGGUUCUGAAAGGGAUAUGCGAGGACUAA